CUGAAAUGAAAAUUGGAAAAAAAAAAAAAAAAUGGAGCCGAUAACUUUAACAGCAGGGUAGGAAGAGAGAGAAAAAACUGUCUGGCAUCAGUCGAUAUUAAAAACAUGCAGAGGGAGACAAGCUCGGGGCCUUCCAGAGUCAGGAAAAAGACUUCGGAGAGCUGCAGACAAGAGAUGGGUAUGGCAUUUCUAUUUUCCCCGAGCCCAUUGAUUUGUAUAUGAAAACAUAGCGCUUUUAUUCUCCCCCCUUCUGGGCUCUGCUUCUGAGUGAUCAGCUGAUGAAGAGACUAGCAGCUCGCCGCUAUGCUGGCUUGCUAAUUCUCUCCCCAACAGCUGCAGCCGAUCCUGAUAGCCAGCCUGCACAUUGCACUCAGCCUGAGGCAGCAGAGAACGGCUCACUUGAGGCGAUGGAAGAGGACAUCAGUCUAAAGAAGCGUAAAAGUGAUCAUCAUGGGGAGAAAGAACUGCAGGUCGGCCAGGAAACAGGCGAAAAGGUCAAAAGGAAGCGAGGACGCCCACCUGCUGAGAAACUACCUCCGAACCCUCCUGAACUCACCAGAACACUGAGCACGCUGGUAGACAUGGUCAUCAACUACAAGGACGGGCUGGGUCGACAGAUCAGCAAAGGCUUUGUGCAGCUUCCCUCUAAGAAAGAGGUCCCCGAGUACUACGAGCUGAUCCGAAAGCCCGUCGACUUCAGAAGGAUCAGGGAACGUGUGCGUAAUCACAAAUACAGAAGUGUGGUGGAUUUGGAGAAGGAUAUCUUCCUCCUGUGUCACAAUGCUCAGACCUAUAACCUGGAGGGAUCUCAGGUGAUCCCAGUAGAAUACUUUUGUUUUCACACAAUUAUUUUCACACUGUGUUGUGUUGUUAUAAUAAAUGGUUUUGGAUCCUGUGAAGAACAACCCACGCUGUUUAUGUGUCUCUGUUUACCACCACAGAUCUAUGAGGAUUCCAUUGUCAUUAAGUCUGUUUUCGAAAGCGCAAGACAGCGAAUUGUCACAGACGAGGAACAGAAAGUGACGGUUAGCGCCAGCCACAGUGAUAAUGGCGGCGGAGCAGAAGACCAAUUUGUUCCAUCAGCAGUGAAACCAUUUCCAGUCCAGCUAAAGAAGGGGAAUAAAGAGGAAAGACGCAGAAACGACAUGGCCAAGAGGCUUCACAGUGAUUUAGACAGCGAUGAGGAUCUAGAGGAUAGCAACACAAAAGAUGAAGGUUGAACUGAAGGACCCUCUAUUUUUUUGUAUUCUGUUCAUAUUUAUUCCCUACCAUGUCCCUUUCAUUGGUUUCUCCAUUAUCUGAGACAAAGAAAGGAAAAUAUAGCAGAAAGGACCAUUCUACGAGAGCCACUUAUGGAACAAUGCCUUUUCUUUCCAUGUCCCUCAACCAUGUCUUGCUUCAAAUAGUGCUGUUCUUUUCAGUUAGCUGGACUUUUACUACACUUCCUCUUUUAUCUGCCUUAUGUCUCUGUGUUUGCUUCUGAAAAUAUUAUGUAAGACACCAGUUUGCUCUGACUGUUUUUAAUCAAUAUAUUUGAUUGUAUGAAAUGCCUUCAUAUGUCUUGGAGCAUGGUUUGUAUAUCUCUCGUGAAGAGGACUCCUGCAGAGUAGCACCGCUGAUGACAAUGUUGACCUGUUCAGGGCUUGAGAGUUGAAGCACAUGGGAAGGUGUUUUUAAAGCAAAACAAAGAAAAA